UGACCCGACCCGAUUUCAACUUGGCCAUCUCUAAAGUCUAGCCCAUGUAAAAAAACCUUCUUUUUUUUUUGAUCUCUUUCUUUGCUGGCUUCCUUAAAACCUCUAAAAACCACAACGCCUGCCGCCGGCUCUGAAUCGCGUGAAAUUCAAAGAUUCACAUACUACCUGAGAGAAUGGGUGGGUUGCCCGUGCAAAAUACUUCUGCCUUAGCUUUGCCUGGCUUGCAGCAAAAUCAUGGGUCAGCAAAAACAACUUCUGGUGCAGAAUCAAAGCCAAAGAAGAAAAUUUGCUGUGCUUGCCCUGACACAAAAAAACUCAGAGAUGAAUGCAUCGUGGAGCAUGGUGAAGAAGCUUGUGCAAAAUGGAUAGAGGCUCAUCGUAUGUGCCUUCGCGCAGAGGGCUUCAAUGUUUGAGAUUGGUGGAAAAUUUUAUAGAAUGAAAACACUUUGAGGCACAAACUAUUUACCAGGGAUUACACAGAAAAUGAUUUGAAAAAUCUAGGAAUAAAUAAAAGACAAAUUUUCUUGGCAAUUGGUGUUGGAUUCAUCCCAACUGUCCAUUUUCUUGUAUUCUUCUUUUAUGAGGUUACUUGGCUCUAUAGAAUGUAUUGGAACUGUCAGAAUACUUUCAUGAUUCAGGAUAUGGACAGAGUGGUCUCUCUCUUUUAUUUC